AUGGUUUGGACAGGAGAAAGCAAAAUAUUAAAAUGCUGCAUUGUAUUGCUCAUAACAUUCAGUUCUCUCGCCAUAUGUGGACAUCGGAAAAAACAAGAACUGAUAUAUGUACUGGAAUGGACAUCUGCUACUAACGAACCAUUUGCAUCUAUAAAACCAAAGCGACAAUCUGUUCUUAGCAAGAAUUGUAUUGACCAAAAUUGUUACUUUACUAGCAAUAGAGAUCAUUUUGACGAUGUUAGAGGCUACAAUGCCAUUUUAUUCAACAUUAUGAACCUUUAUUUAGAUAUGGGACCAGUCCCAUACGAGAGAGCUGAUAAUCAAAUUUAUGUUGCCGUUGGCACAGAACCAGCUGCGAAUCAUCCGCAAGAUACUGAUUUUGAUAUGUUUUUUAAUUUAACCUGGACAUAUAAACUUAAUUCAGAUGUACCUUUUCCGUUUAUGUCUAUAAGAAACAAUAACAGUGAUCUAAUAGGUCCUAAAGCGAAUGGUACUCACUGGAUGAACUUCACAGAGAUGAAGCCAGUGAACAAGUAUAUUAAACGUAAGCUGCGGAACAAAAAGACUGCAGCGGCAUGGUUUGUGUCAAACUGUUAUGCAAACAAAGAACGAAUUGACUUCGGUCAAAAUUUAACACAGGAAUUAGCUAAGUAUGGACAAACAUUAGAUAUUUAUGGAACUUGUGGAAAUAAGACUUGUCCUAAAGAUCAAAUGGAUGAAUGUUUUGCCUUAAUUGAAUCCGAUUAUUAUUUUUAUUUAGCGUUUGAGAGUUCUUUCAGCGAAGAUUAUGUAACUGAAAAGAUUUUAACUGCAUUACAACAUUUUGCAGUACCAGUGGUAUUUGGAGGUGCAAACUAUACCAAAUUUAUGCCCAAUGGAACAUAUUUAGAUGCCCGAGCUUUAGGACCAGCAAAACUGGCAAAAGAGAUGAAUGACAUCAUAAAAGAUAAGAAUAGAUACUAUGAUUUCUUUAGGUGGCGCCGAUAUUAUCGGUAUGAUGCCUCUUCGGAUAAUGCUGACUCUGAUGGCAUCUGCGCUCUUUGUACUGCACUGAACAAAGCGUCAAGAAGUGAUGAAAGGCGUGUAUAUGCACGUUUCCGGGAAUGGUGGAAUGAGCUGCAAGAUGGAGGAACCCAUGCGAAUCCUAUUGCUAAGUUACCUCCAAAAGCACGAGACGCAGUUAAUUACAGGCCAACAGAAGUUGCAGAAACACAUAUUCCUGGAAUGACACCUCCACCUACAUUAUUACAAAGUUUUACACAAUUUUUGGGAAACAUAUAUAGUUAUUAUUUCGAAAUUCAAACCUAA